AUGAGCCGCUUUCUAAGCGCGCGUCGCGGCUCGAACAGCUCGAAUGAAGGGGAUGGCGGCGGGCCCUGGUUGAAGGGCGGCGAUGCGGCGGCGCGGAAGAUGUACCGUAGUUUCGUGGCGAAGAACCCGCGGAUGGGAGGGGAAUCGGGGCUGAGGGCCGCGGCGAGACUUGUCGAAGAUGAUGAGAAUAUCACCAAGGAUCAACUUUUGGAACAAGUGAUGCAAAUGACGGAGAGAGAACAGGAGAUGGCCGAGACGGCUGCCCUCCUUGAUGAUGAUGAGGAGGGCGAGCGUCUGUUCGUGGAUGCAUUAAUGGAAGAGGAAUCGACAGAAGAGGGAGACAGAGAAGACGGAAAUGAGGAGGACAAGAAGAAAAAGAAGAAAAAACUCCCAAAACGACUUCGAAAAGCCGCCAAACAGAAAAUCGACAGCUUCAUCGAGUUUGUCCUCGCCAAGAUCAACCAGCAAUGGGUGCACAUCGCCUAUGCCGUGUUUCCCUUCCAACAAGUGCAGACGUUGAUCCUCGUGUGUCUCGUGCAAUUUAUCAGUCUCCAAGCGAUUCUCCACGUGCUUCCGAUGCUAAUUGCCUACGGUGCCUUCAUCGCGAUGGCCUAUAUGACGCUCAAAAUGUUUCACAACAAGAAUGCCAAGAAAGAAAAAGAGAUCAAACGCCGCCUGCUUCAUCUUUUUGGCGAAGAAAACACGGAUCGGCAGCCAUAUGAAUCCCUGUUCCUGACCGAAAACUGGGACCCGUAUCUCAAUUUCGUGUUGGCCCUUUUCGUGUUUGUGCUGGCGAUUGGGGCUGCGGGCAAUCUACUGUGCGCAGUAUCGGCAGGCUUUUCUCUGAUCACGUUCUUCGCCCUGGCCGAUCGUCUCGAUCAUUUUGCCAUCUAUGCCGUGGUCGCCAAUUUCAUUAGCUGUCUUCCAACGAUUUUUUCUCGAAUGCGCCUCCCAAUUGGUUAUUGGAAAGUGUGGAAGCCGGUCAUGGAAUUUCGAUUUGCGUAUUUCACGCUGUCCCUGUCGUUAUGUUCAAUCGCGUGGCUCUCAAUCCCGGUGGCAUACGCUAUGAUGGCCUAUCGACAAUCAACGUGGACCGAGAGGGCACAGCUCAUCGUUCCGCAUCUCAUCUGCAUCGUGUGGGCGGAUAUCGCGAUGACAAUGUGGAUGAUUGGGUGGCAAUCAUUUACGUACAUCGACGGCCUAUUGACGGCGAGUGCAGCGAUUCUCUUCUUUCUCCCCAGCAGUUAUUCCAUGACUAUUGGCAUCGUCUUUGCCGGGGCUCUACUCGCCCAGAUUCGCCCAUUCGUGCAAUGGCUGAGCGUGGCGAAAGCGUUGGUCACCCUCUGCGUCUUGGCAUCACCCUUCAUCUUUGCCAAGCUGUACGGAUACGUCGCCAAACUCUACAAAGUACAAGUAUUUCCGGAAGAUUCGAGGAAGCGUCGCUGGGUGUUGGCGAUGGCGUAUUUGUUGGCCCUUCUGAUGGCCGUCUCAUUCCUCUAUCAGGGCCAAUUCCAAUUCGACCCCUGUGUUGAUGUUUCGAACAUGACCUGGAUGCAAUUCGAGAAGCACUGCGCCCCCCGAUCGGCCAAUCAAAUCGCCAGCCAAAUUGACUGCUCCCAGCUGAAAGGGACGGCCGUACAGUGGAAGGGCAGCGUACAGUCAAUCCGAAUAACUGGGAUCGAGAACGCGUUCGAGUCGUUGCUCGGCUACGUGCCUGAAUCGCUGGGACAGACGAUACGAUGUUUCUACGAUAACAACUCCACCCUCAUCUCACAUCCCAGUGGAAUGAGACCGAACCAAUGCUCCCCUCACCGCCCACAACGUCUACAAGUGGUGAGCUCCUCGAAGGGUGUGCUCCACGUCUCGGCCACCCACGCCUUCACCGAGAUGUUGAAACUGCUGGAUGAGGGAGAUAUCGUUCAAUUCGUGGCCCUAUUCGACAACUAUCCGAUAUUCCGCUAUCCACCCCGGCUGAAGCUCGUCCAGCUCGAAUGUAUACACUGUAAUAAGUUCCAAAAGAAUCGCCAUUCCCACCUCCGCGUCACGUCCUCCAAGAUGGACCGUACGGGCGUAUGGAGUCGUAUCUUCAACGCAUUCAAAUUUUUCUUCCAUUUCGUGUUUGCGCCGUUUAUUAGGAUUCGA